AUGCGUCCUACCGAUCGGCCUCUUACAGACUUCGACUGCCUUACCUUUGACUGCUAUGGAACUCUUAUAGACUGGGAAGGCGGCAUUUAUCAAGCAUUAGCCCCUCUUUAUACGCAGCUACCAGACGACCACCCUCUCCGCCACGAUCGGGCCCAUCUUCUAGGGACCUUUAUCAAGAAUGAGGAUAUCGUGCGGUCUGCAAAUCCCACAGCACUAUAUCAAGAUGUUCUCGGCGAAACGUACGGACGUUUGGCCGAGGAACUCGGUGUCGCCGCGUCUGCAGCGGACAAGGUAGCGUUCGGCGGCGGGGCCGGCGACUGGCCAAUCUAUCCCGACACCCUAGACGCCUUGAAGCGACUACAAAAGCACUUUAAGCUUGUUAUCUUAUCUAACGUGGAUAAUGAUAACUUCAACCGUACCGUGAUGCAGCAGUUCAAGCACUUCAAAUUCGAUGCUAUCUAUACGGCGGAGGACAUUGGCUCAUACAAGCCAGACGCUCGCAACUUCGAGUACCUGAUUACAUACUGCCAAGAAGAUUUAGGCGUCACACGUGAGAAAAUUGUUCACGUGGCGCAAGCUUUUUUUCACGACCACAUCCCCGCGAGGGCUGCUGGACUGGCGACCGCAUGGAUCGAGCGUGGUGAGAACGUGCCGAGCGCUAUAGGAGGCAAGCUGGACGAAUUUGCGGGUAGAGUGUCUUUCUCAUGGCGCUUUAAGAACAUGGGAGAGAUGGCGGAUGCAUUCCAACUUUUGAAGGAUAAGGACUGA